UACGAGACAAGUGAGCACCAACCUCAUCCAAGAGUUAGAAUUCGAGUCUCUACUCUCCAUCCCUAAACUCCAGCUAAAUGUCAUAAGAAAAGUGAUUCUAUGUAUUGAGUGAGUAUGACAUAAGAUGAUUGAAAACAAUUACUUUGGAGAUGAAGACUGAAAAUUAAAGAACGGCGGCGUAGACGGUGAUGGAUCCGAAGUUAUAAUAAUGUAAAAGUACCUCUCAAUAUUUCAAUAUCGAAACUCAUGAAGGCAUAUAUACGGUCAUCUUCUUUGUGUAAGGCUGCUUUAAAGGUCUUGUCUAAGACAUUGACUAUUGAUGAGCUUUUCUAUUUGAAUCAACAGUUUGCACUGUUAGAGCCAAACAAAAAUGGUUGCAUAACGUUGAAGAAUAUAAAGAUGGUUGGUGUCAUAUUUGCCUCUCAGUCUCUCUCCCUAUAUCAGAUAGUUAUUUAUGCUAUUCAUAGUUCACGGUUCAAGCCCUGAUUAGAAAUGCAACAGAUGCAAUGAAGGAUUCGCGCAUCCCUGAUUUUCUGGCCUCAUUAAAUGCACUUCAAUACAGAAAGAUGGAAUUUGAAGAAUUUUGUGCAGCUGCUUUAAAUGUCAAUCAGCUGGAGGCACUUGAGAAUUGGGAACAGCAUGCACACUGUGCAUAUGAGCUUUUUGAGAAGGAUGGGAACAGGGCUAUUGUUAUCAAUGAACUUGCUUCAGAACUUGGACUUGGUCCCAUUCCACUGCAUACUGUUCUCAAUGACUGGAUAAGACACACUGAUGGGAAGCUAGCUAAGCUUUCUUGGAUUUGUCAAACUGUUGCACAGGUUGUCCAGCCGAACCCUGGUGAAGACACAGUGAAGAUCAAAAUUUGCGAUACAUGUGAAAGUAAUUUUCUUAAGCUUCGAUGCCAAAAAAAAUGCACAUGAUGUGAGCAUUCACAUCCACAACCAGCAACAACGAUUGAUUUUUUUCAAGCAUCAUAAAGUUGCAAUAGUUCCCCUAACACUCCACUUCAGCCAGAAGGCUUCUCGCUCAUUUCAAUUCACCCAGAGGAGUUUUAACCAUCCAGAAAUUGCAUACAGAACCUCAGGUUCAGUUUAAGGCCUCCGAAGAAUUUAGUGGCAGUACAGUGUCAAGAUACAAUUAGUUUCCAAGUUUGUAGGUACCCAAUUGAUAAUGCUGUUGUGUUUUCACAUUUGGAAGCCAUAACAGUUGAAACAUGAUUCAGAAGAAAAAUCCUCCUCAAUUUUGUGAGAACAGAAGGCUUCUAACUGAGAUGUUAUUGCUGUAUGAAAAGCAAAAAUUCAAAUUUUCGUUCUUAA